AUGCUCUCUUCCCUCCUUCCCUCCUCGCUCGCUUUCCUCGCCGAGUCGGACUUGACCAUCGGCAUCAAGCACACCUCGGCGUACGGGUUCCGGCGAGAGCAGCUCGACCGGCUCCUCCGCUCCAUCCGGCGGCGGUACGCGACGGCCGAGGUCAUCGUGGCCGACGACGGCUGCAAGGCGGACCGGACAGCCAUCCGCACGCACAACGUGACGCUCGUCUGCACCGAGGCGGGCAGCGGCCUGAGCCUCGGCCGCAACACGAUCGUACGGCGCGCUUCCACAGAGUUUGUGCUCCUGCUCGACGACGACGUGGUCUUUUCCGAGGCCACCGACCUCGCCGCGCUGCACGACGCGCUGGUGCGCGACCCAGGCGCGGCGCUCGCGGGCGGCUGCUACGACGACCUCGUACGCGGCGACGCGGACUGCUUCAACCUCGCCUUCAGCGUGACCGGCGGCGGCACGGCGGUGGCGGCGCGCUUCGCCACGCUGCAGGCGCAGGGCGGCGGGUGCGGCGUGGUGGACGCCACCCACAACUUUUUCCUCGCUCGGCGUUCCGCCCUCGUGCAGCACGGGUGGGACGCGCGCCAAAAGGUGAUGGAGCACGAGACCUUCUUCUACGCGCUCUGGCUGCACGGCCAGCGUGUGCUCGCCUGCCCGGCGGUCCGCGUGCAGCACAAUACGUCGCGCAGCCUCGCGUAUGUCUCCUCCUCGCUGCGCUUUGGCCGGAUGGCGUACUUCCUGCAGUACCUGUGCAAGGAUUCCCAGUCGAGUCGCUAA